GGCUAUGCUUAAAUCUCUCAAUCUCUCACCACAUGCAAAGGUUAGAGAGAGAAAUCCGGGGUUUGGGGAAGAAACGGCGGGCACCUGUUACCUCUCUCUCCUCACCAAUCCUACAGAGAAUGGGAGCGAGUCAUUUCUCCUCCUCUUCGCAACCAAGAACCGUUUUCCCCCCCAAUUUAUUUUGGGGAUUUUGCCCGCACAUUUGUGGGCUCUCUAUCUGAUUCCGCCACACACCCCUCUCCACAGCCGCCCAAUUUGUUGUUGAUUUGGAGAAUCUGCCACUCUUUGAUUGAAGAAUCUCAGCACCGAGGACGGAUUAGAUCCGGUGCUCCAGGUUGCUAUAUAGGUUGGUGAUUAUUGCAAACCUUUGCCGCACCGUUGAAGUUUUCUUGGAGCAUACUUGCACAAAAAAAAAAGAAGUUUUCUUGGGGCAACUGGAAACAGACAUUGCCAUGAGUAACCAAGAUUGCAGGAUUGCUGUCUCAUCAGAUACAAUUAGGUGUGAUUUGAGUAUCUUUGUGCCGCACUAAUGGGAACUCUAUAGUUAAAGUGGAUUUUUCAAACAACCCACAUACAUGCAAACUGAGGGUGCGCUAGUCUUUCAUGGCAGUGAAAGCUCGUGCGAGGUCGCGAGAAUUUUCGCGGCAAUUCUGGUCUGUGCUGCGCCAUGCCCUCAGCGAGUGCUUCCUCAUCGUGAUGCUCCUCGUGGUUGCUGUGGUGUCGUAUACUGCUACAAAGUUCGCUCACAUCUGUAGGAUCCGGUCACCUUGCAUGCUGUGCUCCAGAUUAGACCAGGUUCUACAUGGCAAGGCCUGGUUUUCUGAAGAAUCGAUUUGUGCUGCACACAGGUUGGAAAUUGUAAAGCCAGGCAACCUGAAAAACAUGAGUGUUAAGGAAAAGGUGAAUUCUCGGUUGAGGUUUAGGCACACAGAACUAUGUUCUUGCUGUUCAAAGCCAUUCAAGAAGAAACGUGACGCACACCGGCUAUCUGAGGAGGUGAGUGACAUGUUUCUAGAUGAUAGUAUGAGCAAAGUGAAGGAGAGAAGCAUAGCCAUGGCAAGUGUUGGGUGUUCUUCAGAUGACGAUGUUGAUCAAUUGCCUCAUGGAUGUUACAGAAAGCUAAGUGCUGACCAUGAUUCCGAGUCCGAGAUUCGCAUCUCAGAUGACGAUGAUGGUUGUCUUGCAAUGGUUUAUGAAGCCAAACAGCGAACCAGAGAUAAACCAUGUGCUGAUGCGUGGCUGCAACCUAUGAUAACCAGCACUAACACCUUAUCACCGUCUCCUUCUGAGAGUACUGAUCAGACAAAGUUUAUGAGCAUCACUCCUCUAGUUCCAUUGGAUACUGCAGAAGGUACAACCAAUGCUGCAAAAUCUUCAGACCCUGCUAUUGGCGAUGGUUUGGAGGAAAUCAACUGGGGUCAGCCCAAUGUGAGUAACAACAACCUUGAUGUGCAGUUGAACACUGUGCCUGAGCAAGAUUGUCAGGAGCUACAGAAAGAGAAAACUUUUCUGGUUGGUAUUGAGGAACUCAAUGAUUCAGAGAGUGUUUCAGGAAGCCCUGACGAGGAAGCUACAAAGAUUUUUGCCACUUCUGCAUAUGAUGGGACAAGUUCAACUGCAGAUCCUCGUAUCGACUGCAACAACAGCAUCAAGAAUACCAAUUCAAGAACACAGGAAGAAGACAUUCCUGUCCCACAAGAAAAAAUUGAGUGUCCUCUACAAAGAGUUGAGGCAGAACGGAGUGCUUCAGCUGUUGCAGCAAGUGAAGCGAUGGCUAUGAUCAAUAGGCUGCAACAGGAUAAGGCUGCAAUGCACAUGGAGGCAAUGCAGUAUCUCAGGAUGAUGGAAGAGCAGGCUGACCAUGACCAAGAAGCAAUUGAAAAGCUAAAUGACUUGCUCACAGAAAGAGAGAAAGAAAUACUUGAUCUAGAAGCUGAACUAGACAAUUACCAGAUCAAGUACAGUGAUGAAUCAUUUGAUGUCAGAAAAUUUGAUGCUACUGAUGGAGACGUGGCAUUUGAAGCCUUGGAUAGCUAAGAUUUCGUGAGGAAUACCAUUUUCUAUUUUGAAGCUGAAAAGGCCAAAAUUUUGGAAUCCUUAAGCAGAUUGGAGGAAACACUUGGCAUGCCCUCCACAAACAGAUUUGAUAUGGGUGGCACAAAUGAUAAUCUACAGAAUGGGACCCUGAGAGAUCACCCAACUGGUGAUGGCCAAUAUGUAGAAAACUCAGAACUGGAAUCUCAGUGUUCACAGUUGCUUGGGGAACACUUGAAUGAUGAACCAGUGACAUCAGUCCCUUCUCAACGAAAUGUUGAAAAUCAAUCUUCUGAGAGCGAAAAAGAUUUUGAUUCUUCACGCUUAGAUGAUGACCAAAUUAGUUCUAUAACAAGCAUUAGACAAGAAAUUUCACUCUUGAAUAGUAGAUUCAAGGCGCUUGAAGCAGAUCAGAAAUUUCUCAAGCAGAUAUUGGGUUCUCUUAAAUGUAGCAGUGACGGACUACAAUAUAUGCAGGAGAUAACUAGUCAUUUGCGGCAGCUGCGAAGGAUGAUGACUGAACAGAGAGAUAGGACAGUUUUGUGAGCUCAAAAUUAUCCAGCAUUUAGAAGUGGAGAUCUCUGUCAUGGUGGUGAUCUCUGUGACCUUGCUAAACAUGGAGGGCAGCAAGUAUGAAUUUCUGAUGUGUCAUGGUCAGUCAUCCAAGUUUGUAUAUUUCCUCAGUUAACGUGAUGUCUUGGUGUAUAGUUAAACCACUCUCCUGUACAUUGUUGUUAGGAGCAAUUUUGUCCGUGUACUUCAAAAGUUUCCAGCUCUUGCGAAGUUAAGCUAGGAAAUCAGCAAUAGUUCGUAUGAAAUGAAUAUCCAGUUAGCUCUUGUUACUGCACCUGGGGCGCAAGCUUUGCACCUUUUUUAAGCUUCCAAUGAAGAGCAUCAGGCUCCUCCAGUCCUCCUGCAGUCUGACCUAAACGCCCGUCCAAAUCACCAGAAAUUGAUCAAGCUGUGCCAGUGUCUGAAUGCGAUAGAGACCUUUCAUCCAUCUUCCUCUCUGAAGAGCUUCGUUAACAAUCAGAUUGCCCUGUCGAUGCUAUAAUCCUGUUCCCCUUCCAGAGCCCGCAGCGCUUCUACUCCUACUAUUUACUUACUAUUUAUCAGGGCCAAGACCAGGCCUGCAUGUCCAGUACUGCACUUAAUCUAGACUAGAUAGAACGUGUUAUAUCAAAAUGUGCAUAGGACAGGAUGAACCUACAAAUCAUCGAUUCAUCAUAAACCACAAUACUAUAUGACUAUAUUGCAGGCUAAACGCUACAUCGAGCUACAACACUAAACAAAAAUCUCCAGGAGUAACAAAUCAAAACAUCUGGUUAGCUAAAGGAGGCACUGUAUAGUGACAAAUCUUUGUCAAGUUAGAACAAAAGGUGAGAUGGUCCACUGCGAGAGUAACUUCCAAAUCCCGCACACAAGGGCAAAAAUAAAA